AUGAAUGUCGGUGAACUACUCACCAACUCGCUCUCGCCAGAUCAUAAUACACGGCAGGCAGCGGAGCAUGCGCUUGAGACGGCCGCGCGCGACAACUACCCCAUGUACAUGACGUCGCUCUCGGCGGAGCUCGCGAAUGAGCCGUCGGUGCCGCACAUCCGCGCGGCCUCAGGUCUGGCACUCAAGAAUGCGCUCUCUGCGCGUGAUCCCAAACGGGCGCAGGAGUAUGCGGAGCGCUGGACGCUGCUGCCGGCAGAGGCCCGUGACCAGGUGAAGAGCAAGGUGCUCAUGACGCUCAGUAGCAGCGAGAGCCGCGCCGGCACGGUGGCUGCGCAGGUAACUGCGGCGGUCGCGGCCAUUGAGCUGCCGCGCGGCAUGUGGCCGGACCUCGUGUCGCAGCUUCUCGCCGCGAUUGGCGACCUGACCAACCCCCGCCAGCGGCAGGCGGCGCUGCAGGCGAUUGGUUUCACCUGUGAAGUGGUGGAUCCUGUGGUGCUUGCGACGCAGUCGAAUGAGAUUCUCACGGCGGUCAUCCAAGGGGCGCGGAAAGAGGAGACGGUGCCCGAAGUGCAGCUUGCCGCGCUGCAAGCGCUGCUCAACUCGCUCGAGUUUGUGCGCGGCAACUUUGAGCGCGAGGGUGAGCGCAACUUUAUCAUGCAAGUGGUGUGUGAGGCGACGCAGUCGGUGCACGUCCCGGUCAAGGUGGCUGCGUUUGAGAACCUCGUGCGCAUCAUGCAGCUGUACUACGAUAAGAUGCGCUUCUACAUGGAGCAGGCGCUGUUUGGCCUCACGGUGCUUGGCAUGCGCGAUGCGGAGCCGAACGUGGCGCUGCAGGCGGUCGAGUUCUGGAGCACGGUGUGUGACGAGGAGAUUGAGCUCGCGCUCGAGGCUGCUGAGGCCGCCGAGUUCAACGAGGAGCCGGCGCAUGUGUCGCACCACUUUGCGCGGGUGGCCCUGCCGGAGAUCGCGCCAGUGCUUAUGGAGCUGCUCACGCAGCAGGACGAAGACAGCGAUGAGGACGAGUGGGACACGGCCAAGGCCGCUGGAACGUGUCUCGGCCUGCUUGCCCAGGUCGUGGGCGACCAGAUUGUAUCGCUGGCUGUGCCGUUCGUGGAAGGGAACAUCAAGUCGCCCGACUGGCGCCGUCGCGAGGCAGCACUGAUGUGCUUUGGCAGUAUCAUGGACGGUCCGGAGAGCAAGUUGCUGAUGACCCUCGUCACCCAGGCCCUCCCGACCGUGCUUGAAACGCUGCAGGACCCCUCCGUGGCGGUCAAAGAUACGACAGCGUGGACGCUGGGGCGCAUGUGUGAGUUUGUCUACGACGCGAUUACGCCCGAGGUGCAGCUGGGCCCGCUCAUCCAGGCGCUGCUGCACGCGCUGCAGGACCAGCCGCGCAUUGUGACGCACUGUUGCUGGGCCCUGAUCAACCUGGCCGAGCGCAAGGGCAUCCUCGCGUCGCUGGACGAUGUGGACCCGCCGACGACGUCGCUGUCGCCGUACUUUGAGACCAUGGUCGCGCAGCUCAUGCAGGCGACGGACCGCUCGACGAACGAGUCGAACAGCCGGACCUCGGCGUACGAGGCGCUGGCGUCGGUCGUGGCGAACAGCGCAACCGAUUGCCUGGCGCAGGUGAGCACGGUGCUGGUGCACAUGGUCGAGCGCCAGGAGGCGCUGAACGGUAUGGUGUCGCAGCUGGUUGGUCUGGACGACCGCAACAACUGGGCGGAGCUGCAGAGCAACUUGUGCAGUGUCAUUAUUGCUGCAGUUCGCCGGCUGCAGGCGGGCAUGGCGCCGAUCGGCGACCGGCUGAUGACGUCGCUGCUGAUGCUGAUCCAGAACAGCGGGAAGCAGCCGACGGUGCUGGAGGAUGCGUUUGUGGCCGUCGGCACGGUGAUUGUCGCGUUGGAGGCCGACUUUGAAAAGUACCUGGAUGCGUUCCUGCCGUUCCUCGUGGAGGGCCUGCGCAACCACGAAGAGCACCAGCUGUGCACGAUUAGCGUGGGCAUUGUGGGCGACGUGUGCCGCUCGCUGAACGAAAAGGUGCUCAAGUACAGCGAGACGCUCCUCACGGCGCUGUUUGAGGACCUGCAGAGCCCCGUGCUGCACCGCAACGUGAAGCCGCACAUUCUGAGCUGCUUUGGUGACAUGGCGAUGGCGAUUGGGCCCGCAUUCGAAACGUAUCUGCCCAGCGCGAUGACAGUGCUGCAGCAGGCGAGCAUGGUGCAGAACCCUGUGGAGUCGAUCGACUAUGAAAUGAUCGAGUACGUGAACGACCUGCGCGAGGGUAUUGCCGAGGCGUACGUGGGCAUUCUCUCGGGCCUGCGUGGCGGUGGCCGCGUGGAGCUGCUCGCACCGUACAUGGACGCGAUGCUGGCGUUUGUCGGCCUCGUGGCCUCGGACGGGAUGGACCGCUCCGAGUCGCUGCUCCGCGCUACCAUUGGUCUGCUGGGAGAUAUGGCGUCCGCGUUCCCGGCCGGCCCGGUGCUGGUCAAGCUGCAGCAGCCGUGGGUGCUGGACUACAUCAAGCUGGGCCGCAGCCGCGGCAACAGCUCCGAGACGCGCAAGACGGCCAACUGGGCACGCGAGGUGCUGAAGGCCUCGGCCGGGUCGAUGGGGGCGCCGGUCCUAUGA